GUCACAAAAUGUCUGCUUAUCUACAACUGCUUUUUGUGCUUUUUAUUAUUAGUUGAUUUUGCUUAAUAUUCUUAUCUGCAUGAUAAAUUUUUAAUAAAGAAGUAAAAUUGCACUUUAACUGUGUACUUUCGAUAAAUAGAUUAUUUGUUAUUUUAAAGAGUAUUACAGUCUCAUUUCUAGAAAUAUUAAAGGUCCAGUGAUCAUCAGACAACAUGGGAGUCCCUAAGUUUUUUAGAUACAUAAGUGAAAGGUAUCCUUGUUUAAGUGAAAAAUUAAAGGAUUACCAGAUACCAGAAUUUGAUAAUUUAUACUUAGACAUGAAUGGUAUUAUACAUAGUUGUUCGCAUCCAAACGAUGCAGAUGUACAGUUUCGUAUUUCUGAAGAAAAUAUUUUCAAAAAUAUAUUUCAUUAUAUUGAAAUAUUAUUUAGAAUGAUUCAGCCACAAAAAGUAUUUUUUAUGGCUGUUGAUGGUGUUGCUCCAAGAGCGAAAAUAAAUCAACAAAGAGGUCGAAGAUUCAGAUCGGCGAAAGAAGCAGAACUUUUAGAAAAGAAAGCCCAAGCAAAGGGCAUUGAUUUGCCAAAGGAAGCAAGAUUUGAUUCAAAUUGUAUCACACCUGGUACAUUAUUUAUGGCAAAACUCACAAAACAUUUGAAAUAUUUUAUUACUUAUAAAAUUUCCACAGAUAAACUUUGGCAAAAGUGUAAAAUCAUUUUAAGUGGUUCAGAGGUUCCUGGUGAAGGAGAACACAAAAUCAUGGACUAUAUUAGAUACAUGAAAUCUGAACCAGAUUAUGAUUCAAAUACACGGCAUUGUUUAUAUGGUCUUGAUGCCGAUCUUAUUAUGUUAGGUUUAUGUACACAUGAGCCACAUUUUUCUUUAUUGCGUGAAGAGGUGGUUUUUGGAAAGAAACAGAAAAAAAUUUUAACUGCUGAAGAAACAAAUUUUUGUCUUUUACAUUUAUCAUUAAUGAGAGAAUAUCUUGAACAUGAAUUUUCUCCAGUUAAAGAUAAAUUAUCAUUUGAGUUUGAUAUUGAAAAAAUUAUUGACGAUUGGGUAUUGAUGGGAUUUUUAGUCGGGAACGAUUUUAUUCCGAAUCUUCCAAAUUUGCAUAUAGCUCAUGGCGCACUGCCAAUUUUAUAUAACGCUUAUAUGGAAGUACUUCCCACUUUGGAAGGCUAUAUUAACGAGGCAGGAACGUUGAAUCUUGAACGAUUUGAAAAAUUUAUGGAAAGACUGGGUCAGUUUGAUUUUGAACAAUUUGAAGAGGUGUACGCUGAUUUAAAGUAUUUUGAAGCUAAAACAGGUAGAAGACCUAAUGAAACUGAAAGACUCAGUUUAAGAAACGAGGAGGAUUUCGAAGAUUUUGGAGCAACUUCUUCGAAACCAAUAAGCAAAGAUUUAGCAGAUUUAAUCAAGGCAACUGAAGAUUCAUUAUUAUUAGAUAAUUCAGAAGAUGAAGAGAUUAUGGAUGAAGACUCAGACAGUGAAAUUUAUAAAUUAGAGUUCGCUCAACAUAAAAGAGAUUAUUAUAUGAAGAAAAUGGACUAUCAUAACGUUGACGAACAAGUUUUACGAUCACAGGCAGAAGGUUACGUUCGUGCAAUUCAAUGGAAUUUGCAUUAUUAUUAUAAUGGUUGUUGUAGUUGGUCGUGGUAUUAUCCACAUCACUAUGCGCCAUAUAUUUCAGAUAUAAAAGACUUUAAGGAUCUUAAAUUGGAAUUUGAUAUGGGAGAUCCUUUCUUUCCGUUUCAACAAUUAUUGGCUGUAUUGCCAGCAGCCAGUAAAGAAUUACUACCAAAAGCUUAUCAAAAUUUAUUAACCCAAACGGAAUCUCCAAUUAUUGAUUAUUAUCCUUUGGAUUUUAAAACCGAUUUAAAUGGCAAGAAACAAGAAUGGGAGGCUGUUGUUUUAAUUCCAUUUAUUGACGAAAAGCAAUUAAUUAAUGCCAUGACACCAUAUGAUUCGCAAUUGACAAAAGAGGAAAAUGGAAGAAAUAGCCAUGGUCCAAUGUGCAUUUUCACUUACAGUGAAGAAGACAUGGGAGAGUAUUCUGUACCUGAAUAUUUUCCAACAAUAAAAAGUCACGCCAAUUGUAAACUCGUUAAUCGUGAAGAAAUAUUAGUUCCACGGGAAAAAUUAGUGAAAGGAUUGUAUCCAGGAGUUAAAUUGAGUGUUUAUUUCCCCGGUUUUCCUACUUUACAACAUAUUGAGCACACUGCUUCUCUUCAAAAAGCAAAGGUUAAAGUUUUCGAACAACCGUCACGUGGUGAAAAUAUGAUGUUGAAAAUAACACCAAAACAAAAACCGGAUCUAGCUGAUGUUGCAAAUGAAAUAUUGGGUAAAUCGAUUUUUGUUGGUUGGCCACAUUUGAUAGAAGCCUUGGUUGUUGCUGUUUCGGAUGAUAAAUGGAAAUUUCAGUGUGACACUCAGGCUAAUCAAAAUAAUCCAAUAAAAGAAGCGGUUGAGGGUCCAUUAGUUCAACAAAGAGCACUUCAACAGAAAGCUAUUAUUGAACAUCACAAAGUUCGUUUGGGAAUUGAUGUUGGAAAUAUUGAUAUCCUAGUACAUGUUCGUCUUAUUGUUGGACGAAAAUAUAUUUUUGGAUCUCAGGGAAAAUUGACAUUAGAAAAAGAAUGGAGCGAUUUUGAAUCACCGUACGCUUAUCAAGUUACAUUAAAGGACAUAAAUGUUCAUAAUAAAAGUUUUGUUCAAUAUACUAGUGUCAGUGAUGUUUUCAAACCGAAGAGCGUUUGUUUCAUGUUAGGACAUCCACAUUAUGGAGCAAUGGGCGAGGUAAAUGAUCCCGGUGUGGACUUAAAAACAAGACGAGUUAAAGUAGCAAUGAGAAUAUUUCCCGAACCAAAUUUGGAUGACGUUAAACAGAAGCAAAGAGAAACAAGAUUAUUAUUUAUGCAUGGUAGUAAAGCCGCUCAACAUUUGGGCAUAGGCAGUCAUCUUUUGAGUAAAAUAACAGGCACUAUUUUCGUUAUGCCAGGCUCAAUUGAACAGAAUUUAGGUGGUGCACGACAAAAUGUUGGAUUAAAUUUGAAAUUCAACAAAAGAAAUGAAGAAGUUCCAGGUUUCACGAGAAAAGAAAAUGGACAAUGGCUAUAUAGUACAAAAGCUCUUGAACUUCUACGAAAUUACAUUCAAAAUUUUCCCGUUUUAUUUGAAAAUCUUGGAAGAAACGCAGGAAGUGAAAUGUAUUUUGCCAAUGAACUUUUUGGAAAAGAGACUGAUAUGCUUGACAAAGCUGUUGCUUGGGUGAAAGAACAACAGGAGACUUUAAAUAUUGAAAGUCGAACAUGCGGCACUGAGAGUUUAGAUUCUGAAAUUGUUUUAAGCAUCGAAAACAAAGUUGAUUCGUGUCUCGAAACAAUUGAGAAAACAUACAAGACAGUAUUUAUGCAAGUGAAACCACAUUUGUUAUUUAAACCAAGUUUAAAUCCUGGACAUUUUGCACCCGAUGGCAAAGCCUAUCAUAAAGUAUUUGAUAGAAUAAUUACCGUUCGUGAGAGUUUUACUGUACCACUUGGUUUUAAGGGCACAAUUGUCGGAAUUCAGAAAGGAGAAAAUUUAAUGGAUAACACAUAUGAAACGAUAUUUGACAAACCUUUUGUUGGAGGAAUUGUUAUUCAUGGAUGUUCAAAGAAUCGUGGUUAUAGAUUAUCAGCGAGAGAUUUUAUAAAUCUCUCAUAUGGAAGAAGAGUUGAACUUGGUAAAUCGGGAAAAUCAGACGCUCCACCAGUUGAAUCAUGGCGCUCGAAUAUUUCAUUAACACCACCAACGCGUGAAAAUAAUUCCAGUGCUUUUGUUACUUUCAAUUACAAUCAAUUUCCACCUUCUGGUUUUGCAAAGCAUGGUGAAACGAAAUUUCCAUUUUCACGUACCAUGCCCCAAAUGAACGCUAAAUCUAACCCUGCUGGUGAAUUUAAAGCACAACAAUUACCAUUUAAUACUCAAGAUCCAAGGCUAAUGAAAAAACCUACACAACCGAUGCAUAACAAACCAAUGCAACAACAAAACAAUACUAAAGAUCCAUCAGAGUUCCAGGCACUUUGGAAUGGAAUGUUACAGAAAAACAAUUUACCACAACAACCACCUGUUCCAUUGAGUAGUUUACCUAAGCCACCUAUUGAUGGAAACAAAAAUUCGCAAACGGAAAUGCAAAAUUGGCCUCAAGAUCCUAGUGCAUUUUUGAAGGCAAUGCUGAAAAUUUCCGAUGAAAAUACAAAAAGCAGCACAACGCCUUCAUUAGCUGCCGAGCCGAGUACAGCAAACAAACCUUUUACGUUUCCGCAACCACCAAAUGCACCCAACACAUCAGACGCUCCGCCGUUGGUACAACGGUUAUUUGAUCGUGCACGAGAAAAUGAGAAAAAACGCGAAGGAAAGUGGUACAGUUCGCAAUUACUUUCAUAUUUUCAACAUAAUUUUAAAGGACUCCCACAUUAUACUUUCAUAACUAGUAAACAAAAUAAUCUAGUCUGUGCGCAAAUUUAUUUACCUGAUAGGAGGGUAUUUAUUGGUGACUUUUGUUCUACUUAUCCUGAAGCGACUGAAAAUGCUGCCAAGAAAGUUUAUGAGGAAUUACAAUUGGAUAAGGUGCAAAAUACAAGAAUUAUGGCUCCACCACCACCACAACAAUGGUACAAUUCACGAUUUCCAAACAACAAUAAUAUUCGACCACCACUGCCACCGUUACCACCACAAAUUCAUCAAAUGAAUCAUCAGCCUAUGAGAAAUCCACCACCUAUGCCAUAUAAUUAUUCCGCCAUUCCUUGUGGACCACCAAGACCAAGACUUAAUCCUCCAAAAUGGCCUAAAGUUGGUGAUUAUAAGAAAAAUACACCCUUCGUUCCUUUGCAAGCACAAAAACAAAAUAGAAAUAUUAAUAAACCUGUGAAUGAAAAAUUCCAAAAAGAAUCUACAAAAGAAUCCUCUGAGAAAAAGAGUAAUCAGAAUUUAAAGGAAAAUACUCAGAAGAAACCAAAGGAGGAAAAAACAACUCACGUGAAAGUGGAGGACAAAAAGAAUGUUACAAAUAAUUCGCAGAAAACACAAAAAUCAGGAAAUCAGAAAAAAUCUCGAAUUGCUGCAAAUUUCAGUUCGGCAGCUCUAUCUAAUGGAGGAAACAAACAAUGAUUAUAUUCUUGUUUGCAUCGGAAUCUGUAAACUUGAAUCUACUUUAGAAAGUAAUGAUAUUAAGCGUAAAGGACGUAUAUUUUAUUACUGAAAUCAAUUUUCAUAUCUUUAAAGAAAACAAGAACUGAUUUAACGUAAAUUUUACUUAAUGCACUGUACUUAUUUCCUUUUUUUUUCAAUUUAUGUACAAAUCAAUCAUUUUACGACGAAAUUCCAAAUUAUUUUUUAAUUUAUUUUGAUUUUAAAGAAUAUAUUAUUAUAUUUUUUUAUUUUCAUUUUUAAAGAUCAAUAUUAAUUUUAUAAUAAUAAAUACCGUAAUUUGAUUAUGUCUAUUAUUGACAAAAAAAAAUGAGAAUUUAUUUUCAUUUUUUAUUCAAAUUUGUUCUUAUAUUUCUAAUUGGCAUUUUGAAUAAGGACACAAGGUUUUUUUUUCCUUUUUUUUUUCUUUUUGACUGUGAUAAAAAUUAGUCAUUUUUUUACUUUUUGAAUGUACAGUGCAUUUAAAAGAAAAAUUUUCGAUUGUACAAAUGACUUAAAUUAUACUUUUUUGCCGGUUUAAAAGUAUAAAUAUUUAAGUAAUAAAUUGAUUAUUGCUUAAAAAUGAUAAAAUCAUUAUUGUGAAAUUAAAUCCAGUUUAUUUUUGUUAAUUGAAAACACAAAACUUUUUUUGUUUAAAAUAAAUAAAGAAUUCUUUAAAAGUGAA